AUGUCGUCCAGUGACAACCCACACAAUGAGGCGUAUUCUGAGCCCACAUAUAAUCACAGUUUUAACGAGGAUGUGUGUUUACCUCGGCCUCCAAAUACAGCGACCCAGAGUCGAGUUCUGGGACAGAUUCGGAAAAAUGAACAGAAACAACAGGAGGAGGCGAGCACAACCCGUGGCACUCCUGUUACUGCUGCAGUCAGCCAGCCCCAGUCUGGCCAUACUACUACACCUCAACAGUCUCUAACGCUGCCACAAGUCUACAGCCAGUUAAAUGUUCAAGCAAAAGAGUUUGUUCCGCGUUCUAUGGGUUACACAUCUGAUUCUGGCUCUACACUGGGCAAUAGCCAAGAUGAUGAAUCUUUCAGUUUUUCUGUUACGGCAGCUGAAUUUGUACCUAGAACAAAUGAUGGAUUUUACUCAAAUGCUGAUACAGCGUAUUAUCCUGGCUUACCGUUCCAGUCUGGAUCUAACAUUGUGAAUAACUUCAGCAGCUUGAGUGUGCGGGAACCGUUUGAUCCCUACAGACAGUCUGAUGGGUAUGGGAGCCAUUCCGGAAAUUUAAUUCUUGACCGCUUCAGUCACUCGCUAAACGUGCUCAAUUUAAAUCCUGGCAACAUAGAGGAGUAUCUCCGUCCCGUUUGUGAGAUGAUUCAGAGCAAUUCAGAAAGUACAGAUGUUGUUACAGAUGUUGUGGAAAUGCUGUUUGAGCAGAGUUUACAAGAGCCAAAUUUUCGAUACACUGGAGCCAGGAUAUGCCAGUAUUUGAACAGGAACUUAAAAGGGAAUCCGUACUUCUCUGGAUUUCACAAGAUAUUUAUCAAAAGAUGUCAGAAGGAAUACAAUUUGCGAGAUGUGCUAAAGAAUGGAAGUCCAGCUGAUCAGGAGCGCUUGAGGGGAUUAUCCAUGUUCAUGGCGGAGAUUUUUCUGAACGUAGAGACUGAAACAAAUGAUGGAUCUCUCCAACGACUGAGCUUCCUCCCCAAAAUUCUAGUUGAUCUUGUCAGCACUCUCCUGGCCACACCGUCUGAUUUAGAUGUCAAGUGCUCAUGCCAGUUACUAAAGUUAUCGGGGUCACUGAUAGAAGACAUCGUCAAACAUUCCCAGGAGGACUGUAUCAAGUUUGAGGAAAUCUUCACACAACUCUUCAAUCUCCAGAGCAGUCCAGAGCUGACUGAAAAUGUCAGAUUUUUGAUUGGGAGUGUUCUUAAGUUGAAAGAAGCAGACUGGAACAGAAGUUCUUCAUCUCCACCCAAAAAAUCACUCUAUACAUUCACCCCAGAGUCAAACAAUUUUAAGGCCCCUGAACCUGUAUUCUACAACCAGAGGGGUGCCCCCUGUACUAGAGUGGAGGCUGGUCUUCCAGAGGAUGAGGAUGAUGACGACGAGGAUGCCUAUGUUCUCAAUGAUGAAGAGGAGGCGGCUUUCUUGGAGUGGGAGGCAGAGAAGGCUAGACAACAGGCAGGCUGGUGUACCAAUGAUACAGGCUAUGAAUCGUAUCAAAUAGAUGAAGCGUCUGAUGAUGGGGGAAUGGGAGAUGAAAUGGAGGCUGCGUACGAAGAGUUUCUGCAGAAGCAAGCUACAAUGUGCCCGUACCCACCCAAUCAGGCAAAUUCUGUGGAGCAUCAGAUGCCACCGAUUCUUCUUCACAUGUUUAAUCAGCCACCGCCCAACAUGGCUCCACGUCAGGACUUCCACGGCUUCCCGCCACAGCAACAGCAGCAGCAGCAGCAUCAUCAGCAUCAACAGUACAUGCUGCCAGCAAACUCCCAACAACAGCCACCACAUAUACUGAUGCCCAACGCUCAACAAAACCAGCAGCAGCAGCAGCCACAGGGUCAGCAGCAGUAUCCACCACACUACCCCAGAAAUGACCAGUACCAUUUUAAUCGGUGA